CACAACCCGUUUUCACAACAAAGCCUUAAUCUUUAAGCAAAAAUAGCCAAACAAAGCCUUAAUCUUUAAGCAAAAUAUUCCAUCCAUCAGUGCAUGGCUCUGUGAGAGUGAGAUAUAUAGUCUGGCAAAUUAAACUUAAGCCUAAAGGCAUCCAACUUGAGACCUGCAGGCAACAAUUUAUUUCCCUCCGUCAGACAUCAAAAAAUGAAAACCCAAGAUAACAUUGAGCCUGAAGGGUCAGUGGCAGAUGAAAGUGAAAAAACUUCUUCAGCUCAGGAAUCAUAUGGUGAAAAUGAAUGCAAAAGUACUUCUGUUUUGAUGGAUGCUGGGAAGAAAGAAACAACUGUGGAUGCUCCAGUUCAAAUCCCAAAGGCCAUCCCCUACAUGCCAUUUCCUCCUCCACCAGAAUGUAUAAAAGUGGAUGAAGAUUUGUCCUUAUCAUUGGUUCCACGCAUUAAGUUCAACUACACCCUUGGCUGCAUGGGUCCUAUUGUCAGGCCUGUGGAUGUGUCCAACGUACACUUUAUUGUCUCUUGUGGCUUAGAGAGUUGUUAUGUUUUUCCCAGUCCUCUCGAAAUUCCAUUUCAUGACAUUCACGUUCAUAUGGUGUGUUCCUUCAAAUGGACUGUUACUGAUGAAGGCAAAGAGAGGUGGGUCUUAGCCGACGGCCACUUUUUCUAUAGGGAUGAGAGAUUGGUAUCUACGGAGUUUCGCUUGAGCCUCAGGAAUUGCUUGUUGAAGGAACAUGGCACAUAUAGAGUGAAAUAUAUGGGUGCCCCCUAUCAAGUUGAGCUGACCCUACCAUCUGAUGAAGAUCCCGAUCAAAUGAUGGCUUCCCUUUCAAACAUCCCGGUCGAUAAUCAAGAGUCGCCAACUAUCAUUAUGAAUGGUUUACCUUGAUGGUUUACUAAUCAACCUGCAUCAGUUCACAUCUUCCUCAAGGCUCUGGGUGUGGUGAGGGCUUUUGAGGUUGACAAUGAUCAAAUCUCGGUUCACUACGAGAACUGUUACAAAGCAUUGAAAUCGUUGUGUGCAUCUUCUUUGCAACUGAAGAGGACGGUGGAGGGCUUGUGUCUUGUCCACUAUGUUCUCACGUGGAAGGGACAAUUUCCAUUGAAAGAUGACUACCCUAAAUAUUCCGAUCCAAUGUUGAAGAAACCACAACUCGUGAUGGAAUCCCUUUUAAAUUAAUGAAAGAAUGGAAUUGGAAAAAUAUUUGAUGUAAGGGUGGCAUGAUAUUCAUCUAACAUUUUGUUGAAAAUUAUUUAUUGUGAAUCAAGUUUCUCAUUAGUCUUGUUUGUUGAUUAGCAUCUUAUAGUAGUAUAAUGCUUUCUACGGUGACUUCUCUAUGUACGAUGACACCCCUAUAGAUCCUCAAGCCUAAUUCAAUUAGGUUAGUAAUCUAUUUCAUAAUUUAUUUAAUGAGUUUCAUGCAAAAUAUAGUAACGUACUUCCUCCGUUGAAACCGACUACUUCUUCAUCUAAAAAAAAGUCUUUUUAAAUCUGCAAUAUCCAAUCUCUUGAAAAAAAGUAAAUCUACUCCUUUCUUUGGACAAAUCUCGAUUCGUGAGUUUUCUUUAUAUCUAAUGGUUCAUGUCGAGUAUAAUGAAGAAGACUUUGACAUUCUCCGAUGGUGGAAGAGCCACAAAGAGAUGUUUCCCGUUUUAUAAAAAUGGCAAAAUAAGUGUUGUCAAUGCCGGUUUCAACCAUUGUAGUCAGGGGCCAAGUACCUUGUGGUCUGAUGGCAUCACUGUGACACUCCUAAUGAGGAGGUCACAGGUUCGAAUCUCAUCCCAGUUCAUGGAUGUUGACAUUAACAUUGAGCAAAUACUAUAUAGGUUAGAAUGAAUGAUAAAAAAACAAUUGCAGUCAGGGGCGGAGGUGGAGGGGUGGCUAACCGAGCCACGACUUAGCCUACAUUUUAAAAUUGCUUAUAUUUUUAAUGUAAAAAUUUAUGUAUAAAAAUUUAUCUGUAGAAAUUCUUUGUACCGACCCAGCCCAACUCUUACUCCUAACCACGCCUCUACUUGCAGUGGACCAAGAUUUUAGCGAGGUUGAGCAAUGAGCGUGCAAUAUCUUGAAACGUUCAUUUGCUUCCACGAACGCAAUAAGUUAACAUAGCACCGGAUCACCACUUCAUGGAGGCAGGGGCGGAUCACCGCCUUCCCAACAAUUGUUUUUAGUGUAUAUAUAUAUACGAAAAAUAAUUUUCACUCCCUCAAAAAAUAAUUUUCGCCCCCCAAAAAAUAUUUUGAACCCCCCCACCCCCCACCCCAGAUGAAUUUUCUAGGUCUGCAUCUGCAUGGAGGAAACGACAAUCGAUAUCGGAAGCGGUUCCGAUGAUUAGUUCAUGUAUUUAA